AUGAGCACUGCCGCAGUAAGCAGUUUACCCUUGAACACCCACGAAAGUGGUAUCAAGCCGUAUUUUGAGCAAAAAAUUCAGGAAGUGGAGCUCAAUAUUAGAACCAAAACGCAGAACUUGAGGCGGCUGGAGGCGCAAAGAAACGCCCUGAAUGACAAAGUAAGAUUUAUCAAAGACGAGUUGAGACUGCUACAAGAGCCUGGGUCUUAUGUGGGAGAAGUGGUCAAGGUCGUUUCGGACAAGAAGGUGUUGGUCAAGAUUCAGCCCGAGGGCAAAUACAUUGUGGACAUCGCAAAGGAUAUCAACGUCAAAGAUCUCAAACCAUCGCAACGAGUAUGUCUCAAGAGUGACUCUUACACAUUGCACAAGAUCCUGGAAAACAAAGUGGACCCAUUGGUGUCGCUGAUGAUGGUCGAGAAAGUGCCAGAUUCUACGUACGACAUGGUAGGUGGGCUCACGAAACAAAUUAAAGAGAUCAAAGAAGUCAUUGAACUGCCCGUCAAGCACCCAGAACUGUUUGAAAGUCUCGGAAUAGCGCAGCCCAAGGGUGUCAUCCUCUAUGGGCCUCCCGGCACGGGUAAAACUUUACUUGCACGUGCUGUGGCGCACCAUACGGAUUGCAAGUUUAUCCGUGUGAGCGGUGCCGAGUUGGUCCAAAAAUAUAUCGGUGAGGGUUCGCGAAUGGUUCGGGAACUGUUCAUCAUGGCCAGAGAGCAUGCGCCUUCUAUCAUUUUCAUGGAUGAAAUCGACUCGAUUGGGUCCAGUCGAGUCGAAGGAAGUUCUGGAGGUGACUCAGAAGUGCAAAGAACCAUGUUAGAACUAUUGAAUCAACUGGACGGGUUCGAAACUUCCAAAAAUAUCAAGAUCAUCAUGGCCACAAACAGACUCGAUAUUUUAGAUCCCGCGCUUCUACGUCCUGGUAGAAUCGACCGUAAGAUCGAAUUCCCACCACCAACGGUCGCUUCACGUACCGAGAUUUUACGUAUUCAUUCUCGGAAAAUGAAUCUAACGCGCGGCAUAAACCUCAAGAAAAUCGCAGAGAAAAUGAACGGCUGCUCCGGUGCAGACGUGAAAGGUGUAUGCACAGAGGCCGGUAUGUACGCGUUGCGCGAGAGGCGAAUUCACGUCACUCAAGAAGACUUUGAGCUUGCUGUUGCCAAGGUCAUGAACAGAAACGACGAAACUGCCAUUUCCGUCGCUAAACUUUUCAAGUGA